CGUGGGUACUACGACGUGAUGGGGCAGUGGGACCCGCCGUUCAACUGCAACGCCGGCAUCUACCAGUACUGCUGCGGGACCUGCGGGUACCGCUUCUGCUGUCAGUUCAAGCCCAGGCGGCUGGACCAGAGUGGCUGCUCCAACUACGACACCCCCAACUGGGUCAACACGGGCCAGCCACCUGCCCGGGUGGACGAGACCCCCGAGGACCCCACUCGUGACAAGACCAACAUGAUCGUCUACAUCAUCUGUGGCGUGGUGGCCAUCAUGGUGCUGGUGGGCAUCUUCACCAAGCUGGGCCUGGAGAAGGCACAGGGUCCCCAGACAGAGAUGACCGUCUCCAGGACACUGACAGAUCUGCUGAAGCAGCCAGGCCAGAGCCCCUCUGAGAACAUGGACAGCCUCGUGGGGGGUGUGCAGGUCCCACUGGGCGAGGGGCUGGCCCGGGGGCCCCCCAGAAACAGCACAGACAAGCCACCCUUGAACAAUGCGGUGGCCAUUGCUCCCUCACUGGGGCGGCCCCACAGCCACGGCAAGCGUCUGCCGCUGGCCAGCAGCCUGGCCCUGUCAGCCUCAGACUACACUUCCUACACCACCCUCAAGGUUGGAGAGAGCGCCUCCGAGGACUUCUACAGGCGAUUCGGGGGGCUGGAGACACCCCCUGCCAGCACACUGCCCUUCCCACCCACCGAGACACCAGUGCUGCCCAAGGGCUGCCCCCUGCCCAAGGCCAAGGGCCCCAAGCUGCCAGGGAGCCUGGUCUUCCCAGGGGGCUGGGAGGGGGCCCCCCAUCGCGGCCCCCACCGGCCGGGCCUGGCCACCCUGCGCCCCGAGGGGCCACCUGAGGCCUUCGGCUCCUCCACCCCACUGUACAGCCAGCACCCCCGGCACCUCGCCACCAACAGCAAGACUGAGGUCACCGUCUGACGACCAGCACUGCCAGGGGCUGGGGCUGCCCCCUCACCUGGGUGUUGCUGCCCCCGAGGGCAGCCCACUAGAGCAAAGCAUCGUAGGACCUACGUA